AUGGGCUUCCUGUGGAGCUGGUGGACACUCUGGGCUGGAGCAACCCUUCUGUGGGGGUUGACCCAGGAGGCCUCAGUGGACCCCAGCAAUGCUGAAGGGGAGGAAUUCCUCACAGCCUUCCUGCAGAACUACCAGCCCGGGUAUGUCAAGGGCAAGCUCUACCUCCUCAUCACCAGUCUGUCGGACAGCCCUGCUUCAGUUACCGUCCUCAGCCAGGCAGAUGGCACCUCGCAGAAUGUACCAGUGAAGCCUGGGCAGUCGGUCAUGGUCAACAUCGGCACCAAGGCUGAGAUGAUCGGCAGCAAUAUCUUCCAGCACGCGGUAUUGGUCCGCUCUGAUCGCAACAUCUCUGUGCAGGCCAUAAACACUAAGCCCAACACAGAGGAUCUGACACUGCUGCGGCCUGUCAGCACCCUGGGAACAAAGUACUUAGUGUUCACACCCCCUAGUGCCUCGGUUAAGAAUGUCAAGGAGUUUGCUGUGGUGGCUGGUGCGAAGGGUGCCUCGAUCAGUGUGCAGCUGAAGGCGGCAGUGACAUUCCAGGGCAACUUCUACCCAGGGGGCAGUGUCCUAACUGUGACUCUCCAGCCCUACCAAGUGGCCCAGGUACAGAGCACGUCUGAUCUCUCAGGGUCAAAGGUCACAGCCAGUAGCCCUGUGGUUGUCCUCUCCGGCCACAGCUGUGCCCAGAAACACACAAGCUGCAACCAUGUGGUGGAGCAGCUGUUACCCACGUCUGCCUGGGGCACCCACUAUGUGGUGCCCCCUCUGUCCUCCCAGACCCGCUUCGAUGUGGUCUAUGCCAUGGCCAGCCAGCCCACGAAGCUGACCUACAACCACGGGAACAUCAUCGGCUCCAGGGGACUCCAGGAGGGUGACGUGAUUGAGUUUGAGGUCCGGCCAUCCUGGCCACUCUUCCUAUCUGCAGAUGUGGGCAUCCAAGUCCUGUUGUUUGGCACGGGUGGCACAAGGGGCAAAGUGACCUAUGACCCCUACUUGGUCCUGAUCCCAGAUGUGGAAGCCUACUGUCCUGCCUAUGUGGUCAAUAACUUCCCAGGCUCUACGGGUGUGGCCAUAGUCGUGGCACAGACGAAGGCUGCUGACAAGCUGACCGUUGAUGGACACGGGCUGGGGACCAGGCUCACCUGGGUAACUGUUCCAGGCAGUGAGUUCUCGUAUGCCGAAGUGGACCUCAACAGUACUAACAUCAUCCAGAUGGCCAUGGCCAAUACCAGCUUCGGGCUGCUCACCUUUUGGCUGACCCAAUCUGGAGGCUACGGGACAGCAGCUGCCUGCGGCCAGACCCGAUUGUCUGUGGAGAAGCCCUCCUGCGAAGGUGUGCAGUGCCCUCCCUCGCAGACCUGCCAGGUGGUGGAUGGGCACGCCAAGUGCAUGCCAGGCCCUGUGGCCGUCUGCCGAGCCCAGGGUGACCCCCAUUACACCACCUUCGACGGCCGUCGCUACGACAUGAUGGGCACGUGCUCGUACAUGAUGGUGGAGCUGAACAGCGAGGACGAGGCACUGCCAGCCUUCAGCGUGGAGGCCAAGAACGAGCACCGUGGCAGCCGCAGGGUCUCCUAUGUGGGUUUCGUCACCGUGAACGCCUACAGCCACUCCGUGUCGCUGGCCCGCGGGGAAGUUGGUUUCGCCCGGAUUGACAACCAGCGCUCGCGCCUGCCUGCUUCCCUGGCUGAGGGUGGCCUUCGUGUGUACCAGAGUGGGAGGCGGGCCAUAGUGGAGCUGGACUUCGGGCUGGUCGUCUCCUACGACUGGGACUGCCAGCUGGCACUGAGCCUGCCCGCACGCUUCCAAGGCCAGGUGUACGGACUGUGUGGCAACUACAACGGCAAUGCCACUGACGACUUCCUCACACCUGACGGGGAGCAGGCUCCUAACGUUGUGGAGUUUGCCAGUAGCUGGAAGCUGGAUGAUGGGGACUUUUUGUGUGAGGACGGCUGCCAAGACAACUGUCCCUCCUGCACCCCAGGCCAGGCUCAGCACUAUGAGGGCGACCGUCUCUGCGGCAUGCUGACCAAGCCUAAUGGCCCCUUUGCCGCCUGCCAUGAUAUCCUGAGCCCCUGGCCCUUCCUGAAGGAGUGUGUAUACGACCUGUGUGUGCUCAAUGGGGACCGCUCCAGCCUGUGCCGUAGCCUCAGUGUCUAUGCCCAGGCCUGUCUGGAGCUUGGCAUCUCUAUCAAGGACUGGAGGUCACCCGCCAACUGCCCCCUGUCCUGCCCUGCCAACAGUCGCUACGAGCUCUGUGGCCCGGCCUGUCCCGCCUCCUGCAACCCCACUGCUGCUCCAGCCAACUGCUCUGGGCGCCCAUGCGUGGAGGGCUGCGCGUGCCUCCCGGGCUUCGUGGCCAGCGGUCCAGCCGGCGAGCGCUGCCGCGUCCAGAACGGCCUCCUGGGCUGCUAUCCCGACCGCUUCGGGAGUUGCCAGGCGUCUGGGGACCCGCACUACGUGAGCUUCGACGGCCGGCGCUUCGACUUCAUGGGCACCUGCACCUACCUGCUGGCCGGCUCGUGCGGCCAGAACGCGGCCCUGCCCUCCUUCCGGGUGCUGGUGGAAAAUGAGCAUCGGGGCAGCCAGACCGUUAGCUACACGCGUGCUGUGCGCCUGGAGGCCCGCGGCGUGAAGGUGGCGGUGCGCCGGGAGCAUCCUGGGAAAGUGCUGGUGGAUGGCAUCCUUCAGUACCUGCCCUUCCAGGCAGCAGAUGGGCAGGUCCAGGUGUUCCGCCAGGGCCAAGAUGUAGUCAUUCGCACAGACUUUGGCCUGACUAUCACCUAUGACUGGAAUGCCCGUGUGACUGCCAAGGUGCCUGGAAGCUAUGCCGGGGCCCUGUGUGGGCUCUGCGGGAACUUCAAUGGGAACCCAGAUGACGAUCUGGCUCUGCGGGGUGGGGGCCAAGCUAACAAUGCACUGGACUUUGGGAACAGCUGGCAGGAGGAGACAAGGCCAGGUUGUGAAGCAACCAAGCCAGGUGACUGUCCCAAGCUGGAUUCUCUGGUGGCCCAGCAACUGCAGAGCAAGAAGGAGUGUGGGAUCCUUGCUGACCCCAAAGGGCCCUUCCGGGAGUGCCACCGCAAGCUGGACCCACAGGGCGCUGUGCGCGACUGCGUCUACGACCUCUGCCUGCUGCCAGGCCAGUCUGGGCCACUGUGUGACGCAUUAGCUGCCUAUGCUGCUGCGUGCCAGGCCACUGGGGCCACUGUGCACCCCUGGAGGAGUGAGAAACUUUGCCCACUGAGCUGCCCGCCCCACAGUCACUACGAGUUGUGUUCCCGUGGCUGCCCACUGUCCUGUGGAGACCUCCCAGUGCCCGGGGGCUGUGGCUCUGACUGCCAUGAGGGCUGCGUGUGCGAUGAGGGCUUUGCGCUCAAUGGUGAGUCCUGCGUGCCCCUGUCCUCCUGUGGCUGCUUGUACCAGGGCAUCUAUCAUCCUCCGGGCCAGACCUUCUAUCCUGGACCAGGGUGCGAUUCCCUUUGCCACUGCCAGGAGGGCGGCCUGGUAUCCUGUAAGCCCUCCACCUGCGGCCCGCAUGAGGCCUGCCAGCCAUCUGGUGGCAUCCUGGGCUGCGUGGCUGUGGGCUCUGCCACCUGCCAGGCGUCAGGAGACCCUCAUUACACCACCUUCGACGGCCGCCGGUUUGAUUUCAUGGGCACCUGUGUGUACGUGCUGGCUCAGACCUGUGGGACCCGGCCUGGCCUGGACCAGUUUGCUGUCCUGCAGGAGAAUGUGGAGUGGAACAAUAGGAAAGUCAGUGUGACCCGGGUGGUCACUGUCCAGGUGGCUAACUUCACCCUGCGGCUGGAACAGAAACAGUGGAAGAUCAAGGUGAGAGCAGGGAUGGAACCUGAAGCGGGCCGCGGGGCCGCCUGCCACAAGCUGCUUGAUCCCCAGGGUCCCUUGCAUGACUGUGUCUUUGACCUCUGCGUGGGUGACGGAAGCCAAGACAUUCUCUGCAGUAACAUUCAUGCUUAUGUGAGUGCUUGCCAGGCGCUUGGAGGCAACGUCAAACCCUGGAGGAAUGAAUCUUUCUGUCCGAUGAAGUGCCCCUCCAACAGUCACUAUGAGCUCUGCGCAGACACCUGCUCCCUGACCUGCUCAGCACUCAGUGCCGCCCCCCAGUGCCCGGAUAACUGUGCGGAGGGCUGCCAGUGUGACCCUGACUUCCUCAGUGACGGCCAAGCCUGCGUGCCCAUCGAGAAAUGUGGUUGCUACCACAAUGGUGUCUACUAUGAGCCAGAGCAGACGGUACUCAUCGACAGCUGCCGGCAGCAGUGUGUGUGCCACGCUGGGAAAGGCCUGGUGUGCCAGAACUACAGCUGUGAGGCGGGGCACGUGUGCCAGUCCGUGGCCGGCAUCCUGAGCUGUGUCAAAGAACUGUGUCAUGGUGUGACGUGUCGGCCACAGGAGACGUGCCAGGAGAAGGACGGCCAUGGUGUGUGCGUGCCCAACUAUGAGGCCACGUGCUGGCUGUGGGGCGACCCCCACUACCACUCCUUCGACGGCUGGAACUUUGACUUCCAGGGCACCUGUGACUACGUGCUGGCGACAACCAGCUGCCCAGGGGUCAACUCCCAGGGCCUGACACCCUUCACUAUCACCACCAAGAAUGAGAAUCGAGGCAACCCUGCUGUGUCCUAUGUGAGGCGUGUCACUGUGACUGUCCUCAACACCAACAUCUCCAUCCACAAAGGCGAAGUUGGCAAAGUCCGGGUGAAUGGUGUGCUGACAGCGUUGCCUACCUCUGUGGCUGGUGGGCGGCUUUCCGUGACUCAGGGAGCAUCAAAAGCAAUCCUGGCAACCGACUUUGGGCUGCGGGUCAGCUAUGACUGGAACUGGCGAGUGGAGGUGACGCUGCCCAGUAGCUAUCAUGGUGCCGUGUGUGGGCUCUGUGGGAACAUGGACCGCAACCCCAACAAUGACCAAGCCUUCCCUAACCGCACACUGGCUCUUUCCAUACCCGUCUGGGGUGGAAGCUGGCGAGCCCCAGGCUGGGACCCACUGUGCUGGGAUGAGUGUCAGGGGUCCUGCCCAACAUGCCCUGAGGACCAGCUGGAGGAGUACCGGGGCCCUGGUUUCUGUGGACCCCUGGCCGCUGACGCAAAAGGCCCCUUUGCAGCCUGCCAUGCCCAUGUGGCACCUGAGAGCUUCUUCAAGGGCUGUGUUCUGGAUGUCUGCCUGGGCGGUGGGGCCCAUGACAUACUUUGCCAGGCUCUGGCUACCUAUGCUGCUGCCUGCCAGGCUGCUGGCAUUGUCAUCGAGGACUGGAGGACACAGGCCGGCUGUGAGAUCACCUGCCCCAACAACAGUCACUACGAGCUCUGUGGCCCACCAUGCCCUGCCAGCUGCCCGUCCCCUGCGCCCCCGACGAUCCCAGCCCCAUGUGAGGGCCCCUGCGCUGAGGGCUGCCAGUGUGACGCGGGCUUUGUGUUGAGCGUAGACCGCUGUGUUCCUCUGGAUGGGGGCUGCGGCUGCUGGGCCAACAACACCUACCACGAGGCAGGCAGUGAGUUUUGGGCUGGUACCACCUGCUCCCAGAGGUGCCACUGCGGACCUGGGGGUGGCUCGCUGGUCUGCAAGCCUGCCAGGUGUGGGCUCGGUGAAGUGUGUGCCCUGCUGCCCUCAGGCCAGUAUGGCUGCCGUCCUGUUAGUACGGCUGAAUGUCAGGCCUGGGGCGACCCCCAUUACAUCACUCUGGACGGGCACCGAUUCGACUUCCAAGGUACCUGUGAGUACCUGUUGAGUGCACCCUGCCAUGCACCACCCGCUGGUGUUGAGAACUUCACUGUCACUGUUGCCAACGAGCACCGGGGCAGCCAGGCCGUCAGCUACACCCGCAGCGUCACCCUGCACAUCUACAACCACAACCUGACCCUCAGCGCCCGCUGGCCCCGACAGCUGCAGGUGGACGGCAAGCUCGUGGCGCUGCCCUUCCAGUGCUUCCACUCUGCACCUCCCCCUGGACCAUCCCCUCUUGUCCCCACAGCCUUCGAGUGCCCUGCCCACAGCCACUACGAGCUCUGUGGCGACUCCUGCCCUGUGAGCUGCCCCAGCCUCUCCGCGCCAGAAGGCUGUGAGUCAACCUGCCGGGAGGGCUGCGUCUGCGAUGCCGGCUUUGUGCUCAGUGGCGACACCUGCGUGCCUGUGGGCCAGUGUGGCUGCCUCCACGAGGGCCGCUACUACCCCCUGGGCGAGGCCUUCUACCCAGGCCCUGAGUGCGAGCGGCGCUGUGAGUGUGGGCCGGGCGGCCAAGUCAGCUGCCAGGAGGGCGCAGCCUGCCAACCCUAUGAGGAGUGCCGAAUAAAGGACGGUGUCCAGGCCUGUCACCCUAAAGGCUGUGGGCACUGUGUGGUCAGUGGGGGCAUCCACUACAUUACUCUUGAUGGACGUGUCUAUGAUCUGCAUGGCUCCUGCUCCUAUGUCUUGGCCCGAGUCUGCCACCCACAGCCUGGGGAUGAGGACUUUGCCAUUGUGCUUGAAAAGAAUGCGGCUGGAGAUCCCCAGCGUCUGGUGGUUACUGUGGCUGGCCAGGUUGUGGGCCUGGCUCACGGCCUGCAGGUCACUGUGGACGGCGAGGCUGUACCCCUGCCUGUGGCUGUGGGCCAUGUACAGGUGACUGCUGAGGGCCGCAACAUGGUUCUACAGACAGCCAAGGGGCUGCGGCUUCUCUUUGAUGGUGAAGCCUACCUCCUCAUAUCCAUCCCCAGCCCCUUCCAUGGGCGAACCUGUGGCCUCUGUGGAAACUUCAAUGGCAACUGGAGUGACGACUUUGUUCUGCCCAGUGGCACUGUGGCCCCCAGUGUGGAUGCCUUUGGAGCUGCAUGGCGGGCACCCGGCUCCUCCCAAGGAUGUGGCGAAGGUUUUGGGCCCCAGGGCUGGCCUGUGUGCUCCGCAGAGGAGACAGCACCAUAUGAGAGCAUCAAGGCCUGCGGGCAGCUCCGGGACCCCAACGGCCCCUUCGCAGACUGCCACCCGGUGCUGAGCCCCUCUGAGUACUUCCGCCAGUGCGUCUUUGACCUGUGUGCCCAUAAGGGCAACAGCUCCUUCCUCUGCCGUAGCCUGGCUGCCUACACAGCGGCCUGCCAGGCAGCCAACAAGGCCGUGAAGCCCUGGAGGACAGACAGCUUCUGCCCACUCAAGUGCCCUGCCCACAGCCACUACUCCAUCUGUACACAUUCCUGCCAGGGCUCCUGUGCAGCCCUCUCGGGCCUCACGGGCUGCACUUCCCACUGCUUUGAGGGCUGUGAGUGUGACGAUCGCUACCUGCUCUCCCAGGGCGUCUGCGUCCCUGUCCAGCACUGCGGCUGCACCCACGAUGGCCGAUACUUGCCAGUGAACUCCUCCCUGCUGAGCCCAGACUGCAGUGAGCGCUGUUCCUGUUCCUCAAGCACUGGCCUGACAUGCCAGGCAGCUGGCUGCCCUCUGGGUCGCGUAUGCGAAGUCGAAGCUGGGUCCCGGGACUGCUGGGUCCCCCCUGGUCUCUGUUCCCUCUCUGUGGGCACCAACCUCACCACCUUUGAUGGAGCCCACAGUACUGUCAGAAUCCCUGGCAUCUACGAGCUCUCUUCCCGCUGCCCAGGAAUACAGAAGACCAUCCCCUGGUUCCGUGUGCUCGCUGAUGUCCACUCUUGCCAUGACAAAGUUGAAGCUGUGGGUCAGGUUCACAUCUUCUUCCAGGAUGGGCUGGUGACUGUGACCCCAAACAAGGGCGUGUGGGUGAAUGGUCUCCGAGUCCGAGCAGAUCUCCCAGCUGAAGUGUUAACAUCUGUGUCUGUGAAUCGGAAUCCGGAUGGCUCCAUGCUAGUCCAGCAGAAGGCAGGGGUCCGGGUACAGCUGGGCACCAAUGGGCAGCUGACCGUGAUGGUCAGCCGUGACCACGCUGGGAUGCUGUGUGGUGCCUGUGGAAACUUUGAUGGGGACCAGACCAAUGAUGGGCAUAACUCCCAGGGAAAUACAACAGUGGAGCACUGGAGAGCACCGGACUUCUCCCCAUGUCGUGACUGACCAGUUAUCCACUGGAAAUGAGGACUUCAGGACCUGAUCCCUCUGGAGGCUGCAAUAAUUCAAGGAUGCACUGUAUCACUGUGUAUUCCUUCCCUGCUGAGCCGCUAAGGCUGAUUUUGAGAGCAUUGAAUAAAUAUCUUAAGCUAA